AUGACUUGGAUUCUGAUCGCUGCUUUCAUAGCAGCCUUUCUGGUCUACCACCUCUCUAUUUCCACUUUAUUUAGCCCUCUUGCACGAAUUCCGGGUCCAAAGAGCUUUGCCUUGACCAAGUUCAAAUUGGCAUAUGAGGACUACAAAGGAACUCGCACGCGAAAGAUCAAUGCUCUCCAUCAACAAUAUGGACCCGUCGUCCGUAUCGGCCCCAGUGAGGUGACCUUCAACAGUACCACGGCCUUACGUGCGAUCUAUGGUGCCGGAAGUGGCUUUGAGCGAACUGGUUUCUACCACAUGUUUGAGGUUUACGGACGAAAGAACAUGUUUUCGUUUGCGACCGCGAAGCAGCAUGGAGAAAGGAAGAAGCUCUUUGCCCACGCCUAUGCCAAGUCGGUGAUGCUCAAAGGUCAAAACGCAGAAAUGGUUGAGCAGAAAGUCAAGUUGUAUAUGGACCUUCUAGAGCGCGAUGGGGGAAAAAGUGAAAUCUUUUCCACCUUGCAUUAUUUCUCCCUAGACACAAUCACCGACUUUCUUUACGGAUCUUUCGGCAGGACUUCGUGUCUCGAGGGAUUGGGGCAAGAUCGCGCGCUCAUUGUGGAUAUCAUUGAUACUGCCCGUCGCAAGCUAUCGUGGUACGCAGUGCAUUUCCCUCACUUCACGGAAUGGCUUUACUCCAGGACCGGGGUUAGUGGCUGUAUUGCGAAGUGGUUGUACCCAAUGCAACUGCCAACGACAUACAGCGGCAUCAGACUUCACGCGAUGAAAGCCACUCAGAAAUAUGCCAGUGCUUCUGCCAGCGAGAGAGCAAGCACAACAGCCCUGAUCUCCAGGCUGUGGAGCCACCACCACUCCGAAAAGCCAAAUGGAAUCGACGAUCUCGAUAUUGCAUCGGAAUGUGCAGACCAUCUUCUGGCAGGCAUUGACACCACGAGUGACACAUUGAUGUUUUUGAUUUGGGCUCUUUCUCGGCCAGAGAACAAGGAGUUCCAAAACAAGCUGAUUGAGGAAGUCUGCAACAUCCCCGAAGACUCGCUCAAUUCAAAUGGCAUCCCCAAAGUGGAAAGUAGCGACAAGCUCUCCUACCUCGAUGCAGUUAUCAAAGAGACCCUCCGUCUCUAUGCACCUCUUCCCGGAUCAGAGCCACGCUCACUUCCCACGGUAACCACGAUUGAUGGCUACACAAUUCCGCCCCAGACAGUGGUUUCUAUGGCCCCAUACUCUCUCCACCGAAACCCUGAAAUUUUCAAGAAUCCCACAAAAUUCAAUCCAGAGCGCUGGUUGGAUCCCUCUGAAAACUUGGCCGAUAUGAAGAAAUGGUUCUGGGCAUUUUCCAGCGGAGGAAGGAUGUGUAUUGGCAUGCAUCUUGCAAUGGCAGAAAUGACUACUUUGGUCGCAGCCAUUUAUCGAAAAUACAACACCACACCAAUAGGAGAUUUCGGCACCGUCUCUCCUGGCAUCACAGGUCGCUAUGAAGUGUUCUAUGAUGAUUCUUGUAGUCGAAUGCGGGAACACGAGUGUCAAAUCCAGUUCACGCCACAUCAAGCAAUCUAA